AUGAACCAAAUGAUGGAGGACAAAGUGGAGGAACCCGUUUUCGAAGACGAGGAAGAUGAAAACGUGUAUGACAAUUUCAACGCAGAGAUUCAUGUUAACAAGGGAACGAGUGGCCAUGAAGAAAAUGAUACACUCGUUGAAGAUGCUAGCAAGAGCGAGACGGAAUGUUCUACCUCCUCGCAAUCGUCCAACCAGGACGACAAGGAUGAGGCGGACAGUCAAAGCAGUCACAAAGAGGGACAACAGAGUAGUAAUAAGAGUCCAUUAGAGGAGGGAAAAGAUGAAAAGAAUAUGAAGAGAGAAGAUUUAUUUUCGGUGAUUAAUAUUUUUGUACCAAACUGUAACAACAAUGUUAAAAAAAAAAAAGCUAUUUUGACCUUGUUAGAAAAAAAGGUAAAAAAUGUUUUGGCCUUAAAUUUGCUAACGCUGAAUUCCAAAACGAAGACUGAAUAUGUAUUAACGCAAUGUAUAACAUACAGAAAGCAUAACGAAUUUUUAUUGUCCAAUAUGGAUCAUCAAAUACGGGGGUUCCUCAUUUUCCUCAUUCCAUUUUUCAAUGUGUUUCAUAAUAAAAUCCCGCUGAAUUAUUUACUAUACGAGUUAAAUAAUGUAGGACAUGAGUUGUUAAAAACAAAAGAAGAAGUGGUGAAAAUUUUGAGUUCCCCAACUGUUCUCUCCACCAUAGCUAACCAUAUUCUAAUGACAAAGGAGCUGGUGGACCCUCUGGACUAUUUAAUAUAUGCCAAAAAAUUAUCCUACAUCGAUUUUAGUAAUAACCAUCAGUACGAUGAGAGCUCCUUAGAUGGGUUUUACUGCAUACCCACUGCUCGGUUCGAAAGCGAAGUUCACAUGAAGCAGUACAUAACGGAUCUGCUUAGUGUCCCCAAUAAAACCUUUCAGCUCAAGGAUGUGUAUGUCCUAUUUGAGGAGAAGUACUUCUUGGACAUUAACUACGACAAUUUGUGA